AUGAGUCGCGUAGCAGAUUACACUAGUAAUCCACCACUACGUAAAAGAAGCAAGAUCAACUCAUGUCGAGAAGCGAUGUUCGGUGAGAGAGCACGUAAAUGGGCAUUCAUUUUCAUCGUCUCAUUUCUAGGAUGCUUGACUAUCAAGGAUGUCAUCGAUCUGGUGAUAGAAUACUGCGGAGAACCGAAGCAGUCUGAUAUGAAUAUGGUAUUCAACGACUCAAUGACUAUGCCUAACGUGACAUUUUGCAUGUCCAAGAAGCAAGCAUGGAGUCAUUUUAAGAUCAACGAGAGCGCUCCUGUGGAUGAAUGGGACACGAUUGUGGAUGAAGCCCUUGACAACAUGACGGAGCACGACAGCUUCAUGACCAAUACAUGGGACCACCGUUUAGUGAUGGAAGCAUACGACAUGGUCGCCACCUUCAACAGUCUUGAACGUGAAACUACGGCGCAUGGUUCGGCAAGAUCAAUACACAUCUUCAGAGUAUCUCCACGCCUUACUGAGAAAAGAAAAACUUUUGAGAAGUGGAUGGAUGUCCUGAAAUCUCGAAACGUCACAUUCGAAGAGUUCACGCAGAAGACUGGCACGGAAGUUCUACGUCGAUCUAUGCAGCGCUUUCAACGUACAACAUUUAAUGAAGAUUUAGUGAUUAAAACCAAACUAAGAACGUCCUGGAUAUCUCAGAUGCAAAUCUGUUUUCAACCAUGGUUUGACCAGGAUAAUUUCUACCCUAUUGAAGACCAAGGAAACUUCUUCACCAUGUUACUAUCUCACAACGCCGAAAAUCUAGAUGGAGAACACCUAGAAUGUAUGAGUGUAGAUUUUCAUGGGCGUCCUUCAUCCCUUAAUCGAUUCAUGGAAGGCAAGGGAAGAUCGAGAGAUGGAUUUACUUCUGAGCUCUGUGCCGGUCAACGCCAUGAAGUUUCGGUUGAGGUCCGAGCACUUUAUCAGAUGCUAGAAAAUGACGAACCUGGAACGUCGUGCCGAAACGUCGAAGAUGGCGAAGAUACCGAAUUCGACUGCAGGUCUCGUUGCCGUAUGAGUAUGAUUCGGGAAAUGUGCAACUGCACACCACUGUCCCUUAGUUAUCUUGCCAAUAAUGAUUUGGACCAAUAUCCGCUAUGCGAUUAUACCCAAUGCGAAAUAGAUGUACAAAAAGGAAACUACUCCGAUACUGAAUGUGUAAAUGGUUGUUUCCGUAACUGUCGCCAAAUUCGAUACGAACUGGAUCACGAGGUACAAGGAAAGAUGGUCCGACCAGAUCUGACGCUGAUAAAUCUGAACUGGGGUUCAUUUGAAUAUCUCACAAUGGAACAGCAAUGGAAGUACUCAAUCACUGCAUUUAUUGCAGCACUUGGAGGUUCCAUUGGAAUGUGGCUUGGACUAAGUAUUCUGUCAUUAAUUCAGGUAACAUACGGUUUGCCACUAGCACUUUUCCUAAUUAUUGCCACUCACUAA